UCCACGAAAGCACUCCGUAAUCGUAAAACCCUAGGGAGCGAACGCUGGAAGAAAGAAACCAAGUCUCGACGCGAUCGACAGGCCAUGGCGGGAGCCACCUCCGUCGCCGGAAGUGGAAGCAAGAAGAGGAAGUGGAAGCGAGUGAAUGUUGCGAUGGAGGGUGUUUCAGAGACCGCCGACCACGUCGCUCCCAUCGUCGGCUACUUCCCGUCUGGCUUCGACCCCCAUGGCCACGCCAACGGCGAUCCCAACAUAAAGGUCUUCAGGAACAAGAGGAGGCCCAACCGCCUUGAGCUCGUUGUUAGCCCUAGUGAUUCUAGCGUUGAUUUUGUCGGUAGGAGCUACGCUGGAGAGGCUGCGGUUCCUCAGAUAUGUAAUUAUGCAGUAGGUGUGCUCGACAAGGAAUCGCAGACUCUUAAGAUUGUGCCUAUCGCUUCCAACAAGAUCUUAAGAUUGGAACCACGACUGAAGGGAAAUUCUUUACUUGAGACAGAAGUUUCAGAAGGUUUAGCAGAAGAGAGUGUUGGUACAAACAAAGUAGAAAGGAAAGUUAGAGAACUUACAUUAAUGUACGGGACAAAGAAGGACAGGGACUCGGAUAAAAGAUGGAAAUCUUUUUUUAGCCAACGGAAUGAUGCUUCAACUGAUGAACACAUCAACAGUAUUAAUCAUGAAACUGAUGAAGGGAAUGAUGUUCUUGAGGAUGCUGUGGAAUCCAUUCCUCGUAACAUUCCACCUCAUGAUCUUUCUGCAGAUACACCAGAUAAAGCUUAUCAUCUGGAUGAGAUUAUUCCCAUAAUUGAAAGAGAUGACCUCUUUGACAUUUUGGAGGCGUUAGAGUCUGGAACUGACAUUUCUUCUAAAAGUUAUCCAACUUUUGUCUACAACCGUAGGCAUAAGCUAAGGGAAAUUAAGGAUCAGAAAGAAAAGGGUGAGCUAGCUUGCAUACUUUCAUACAUCUCUCAUCUUUGCCAUUUUUGGGAUCGGCAAAAGCAUGAACAUUUUGAGCAUUUAAAGAUUCCACGAGCAUCAUAUCAGAACUUCACUAGGACAUUUUUAGAUCCAAACUCAAUCAAGUUGACGGCGGAGAAGAAAGAACUCAUGAUUGGGUACAUCUUAGUGCUCACACUUUUCGUGGAUUCUUUUCAAACCGAUCCCACUGAUAUCGCAAAAGACUUGAAGAUGACUACAAUGUCUCUGAAACCAUACUUUGUCCAAUUGGGAUGCAAAGGCAAGCAUGUCUUCAAUAAACCCACGAUUUGGAAUCUGACUGCUCCUCUUCGGUUACCAGAAAUCAUCAAAACAUCUAGGAGAAACAAGUAAACAUCUUAAGGCUAGUGCCUGUGCUUGCAUUGCCACUAUGCUUAAUGCUAUUUAGCUCCAAGAACAAAAAAUGACGAGUGGCAAGCAGUCUUCUUAAGAUAUCGCAGGUUUGCAACAUGCAGAUCUUGAUGCAUGUCUCGUAAACACAAUUGGAGUUUGCCCGGGAAGGAUUGCAAUUGUUUGUUAUUUUCUGCUGUUAAUUUAAAUCUGUGCUGAUUUGUUGUUUUAAUGUGGUUGGAAUAUUUAAGUAUUUUAGAAUGUGGUCAAUUUGCCA